CGUAUAUAUACAACACCCCCUUCCUUCUUCUCAAUCUAUUACUAGUUCUGCCAAGCCAGCAUCAAUCCACAUUCGAUCUCUCGAUCAAAAUGCAGAAAAUGGAAGAAGAAGAUCUAUACUUCAGUCCCAGCUUCAACAGUAGCUACUCAUCACAUUUAUUUGUCAAAAACACCGGAGAAUCCCCAGAUGAUUUUGAGCCGCAAAGUUCUAAUUAUAAGCCUGCCGAAUCUGUCGCCGCGGAGUACCAUAAAGAGGAGGAGGAUGAAGGCAGUGAUGAUUUUGAAUUCUCUUUGGUUCCAGAGCAUUUCGAGGCCGUUUCAGGUGAUUUCCUCUACGGCGGUCAAAUUGGCACGGCUUUUCCAGUCUUCAACCGAGAUCUGUUGUUAGAUGAAGGUUUUGUGGUGCGAAAUCGGGGAGAGGAAGGUAAGGAAAUUCGCAUUCCAAAUGGAGUUGAUAGGCCGGUUCGGAUUCCGUUGCGGAAUUUGUUCCUAGGAGAGAGGGAAGAAGGAGGUACUCUAUGUUAGAAAAAUAGUAUAAAUAAUGCGAGUUCAGUCAGAUAAAAUCCCGAGUUUAAUCACAAAUCACCAGACAAACCACCAAAUGCAAGAACAAAUAAAAUAAUAACAACAAUUAGAUAUAAAAUAUUAAUGUAAAAAGUAAAGAAAGAAAGACUUAGCGUAAGAUCGUCCGUUAACCGGACUGGCCUUGAAGAAAGAUAGCCCCCGUAUCUCGAUAGCUACUCGAACGGGACUGGCCAACUCGCUCCCAGGAUAAUCCUACACCGUUUCAGACUUGUAGCUACCUUGACUGAAACCUUCGACCGUUGCCCAAUAUGCCGUAGACUCGUUAAGUAGAUAAAAACUUUAUGAGGAUGCUAUGGAUUUAAUAUGCUCUCGGUACAAGGGUAAAAUCAGUGAAAGAAAAAAAAAUGAAGCCUUUUCUAUUCUUCUCAGUGCUCUGUAUUGCGUAAGUAAGCCAAAAUGAAUCGGAGUGUAGACUGGCUUUUAUUCAUACGUAUGUGUAUUAAUAACCGAGAGCAUGCAUGUGGAUAGAUUUUUAAAU